AACUCUCUUGUUGUCGGACACAUUCAGUUUAGUGCAGUACAUGCGAGAGCGUGUGUUAGGAUCUAACAGAGAUACGGUACUCUAGCAUGCAUACUUCUGGAUGAAAGAAUGCUCUCACUUCACAGACUGAUGAUUGAUAUACUUUAACCUCGAGCGCUGAACGAACUCCACCGGCUGGACUUUACAGUAUUAAAGUAAUGGAACCGGUCACGAGGUGGACACCACAGCAGGUUGUUGACUGGAUGGGAGGUCUGGAUGAAAGCCUUCAACAGUACGUGCAGAACCUUGAGAGGGAGAAGAUCAAUGGAGAACAGCUACUGAAGGUCUCCCAUCAGGACCUCGAGGAGCUUGGUGUAACUCGGAUCGGUCAUCAGGAGCUUGUCUUAGAGGCUGUGGAUCUACUCUGUGCUCUGAAUUAUGGAGUGGAGACGGAUAACUUGAAGAACCUGGUGGUGAAGAUGAGAAAUGUGACCAAAAGCCUUCACGCUUCAACAUCGGAUCGCAGGAAGAGCCCAACGCAUGACAGCGGCACAUCAGGCAAAAUCCCAAAUCAGUUCCUUUCGUCUGUGGUUGAGCUCAUCGGAACGGCCAAGAGUCUCCUGGCAUGGCUGGACAGAACUCCGUUGUCGGGGAUCACUGACUUCACAACCACCAAGAACAAAAUCAUUCAGUUGUGUCUGGAACUGACCACCACAGUUCAAAAGGAGUGCACUGUGUUUGACAUGGAGGAAACGAUUUUGGGUGUUUCGAAGGUGUUGAACGGUAUUUGUGAUCAGACUGUGAGAACCACCUCUGAUCCUCUGAUGUGUCAGUCUGCAUGUCUGGAGGAAGUUCAGCUGACCGACAUCAAACCAGGAGAGGGACUGGGCAUGUACAUCAAAUCCACCUACGACGGGCUUCACGUCAUCACCGGCACCACUGAGAACUCGCCAGCUGAUAUGACACACAAGAUCCACGCUGGAGAUGAAGUCAUCCAGGUCAACCAGCAAACUGUGGUGGGUUGGCAGCUGAAGAACCUGGUGGCCAAGCUGAGAGAAGACCCCAAACGUGUGGUGCUCGUGUUAAAGAAACGCCCCACAGGGAUGUCAGGAUUCACCCCAGCGCCCCUGAAAAACAUGCGCUGGAAACCACCCGUGCCUCAGAACUCCAGCUCUCCUAGUAAGAGUCAGUCGCCGACUGAUUCCAGCAAACUCAACGGCAGGAAAGAAAAGCCAGCGAUACUGGACCUGUACAUCCCUCCACCUCCUUCUGAGCCUUAUACACCACGGGAAGUAAGAAACGGCUCUUACAUCAGCAUCAACGGCAGGCCUAAAGGUUCGGAGUCCCCAAACUCUUUUCUGGAUCUGGAGGGCCGCCGGCGCUUCACCGUCACAGAUUCCGACAAACUGUCCGUUCAGCCUGUUGAGGUCAACGUACAGAUGCGCCCGAGAGGAAGAACUCCCUCACACGGUAAACCACGACCCCUGUCUAUGCCAGCAGUCACAUGUUUGAAUGUGACGGAUCUGUACGCCAGGCCUUGGACACACGGACGGAAAGGUGAAGAUCUUCUUCACAGAUAUUUAAGCAACGAGCGUAUAGCGACUAUCAGCGAGGAGACCCCGACCUCCGGCUCCUCCUCAUACAGAUCUAUAACAGAGAGAGACGCUCACGGAUUCCUCUAUAACACAGACCUACACAACAGUGCCACCAUCCCUUGUCACGAGGACUUCAUGAAAAAAACCCCAAUGACAUCCAGCCCCAAACGCCCCCCCGCCGAACCUUCACUACUGGAUCCUCGGUGGACCUCCAACAGCUCCUUCAUCAACAGCAGUUACAACGACAGUGCCGUGAGGUCCUGGUCCUUCUCUCAAGCGGCCUCCUUCCCCAUUUCACUGACCCGUUCUCUGACCACCGAUGAGUACAAUCCAGUGUCCCUCAGACAGAAGUCAAAGAAGAAGAGUCGUGGAGGAAUGUCCAGAAUGAGUCGCAGGCGAGUUUCAGUGCGAGAUCUGGGCCCGGUGGAUUUCCAGGGCUGGCUCUACAGAAAGAAAGAGGGGAAAGGGUUUCUGGGGAUGAAAUGGAAGAAGUAUUGGUUUGUGCUGAAGAAAACCUCUCUGUACUGGUACACAAAUCACAUGGCUGAUACAGCAGAGGGCUUCAUAAACCUGACAGAUUUUGUCAUUGACAGGGCACUGGAGUGUAAGAAAAAAUAUGCCAUCAAAGCGUGUCAUCCCAGAGUCCUGAUGUUUUACUUUGCAGCAGACAGUAAUGAAGACAUGAUGCUAUGGUUAAAUAAACUGGCCCUGGCAUCGAUUCAGUAUGAAGCUGCAGAUGCUCAUACAGCCGAAUGUUACAGUGAGGCCAGUGAUCACGAGGAAGCCGAAUCCACGAGCGUUCCCCCUCCACCAUACAGUUUCAAUGGUCCAUCAGACGCCGUACGCGAGGGAAGUCUUCCGCCUCCGUAUUCCUCACCUGUUCCCAGCGAGGUCACCGGUACCCUGUCGUCCCCCGUCAGUACCAUGACCUCUCACAGUUCUGUAUCAUCUCUGAACAAACACAGACGCUCAUGGCUGGAUCUGGUGUCACAGACCAUCUCUAGUGCUGGAGAGACGCUGGUCUGUUCUGCUGUGGUCCAUACCACAAACCCCGCAAGAAACGAAGCUACAUCUCAACAGCCCCUCGGGUCUUCAUCUAACACAGAAACGCAGCCGCCGUCGGAUGACUCCAGACGUGACAAGGAUCGGGAAGCGGCGGAGGAUGAGAUGGAACGGUUAUAUUUGCAUUUAAAAAGAGCCAGUCUGUCUCCGACCGGUGUGCGGAUGCCAACGUCAAAAUGGGAAUUACGAGCAUCCUUUAUAAAGCGUUGUAAAAACCAGACGCUCAAUGAGAAGAUCCACACCAUCCGAGCCCUCAACAGCACUCUGAAGGCUAAAGAAGCAGAUGUACAGACUUUAGAUCAAGUCCUGUGUGCCUCGUCUCUGACUGCUGAGAAAUUUAGAGAGUGGAAGGAGAACAACAGUGUCCUGCUGCAGGAGGUCAUUCUGAGACAGGCCGGACCCCCGGAGACCCCUGACAAAACAUCCACAUGAACACUGAGAACAACACUCACUCUUGUAGUACAUCACAACCAACUGUAAACACUGAAAAACCUGAGGGAAGUUAAAACCUCUCUGUGCUCAGACCAAGGCAUCUGUUUUUUACGGAUCUUAAACCAGUUAUAGGUUGUCCUGUAAGAUCAUCACUUCCGUAACACAACUGUUAGAACAUUGUGCAGUCUAAAUGCAGUUAACAUACGGAUUUAUCAGAAUCCUUCAAGAUGUUUGUACAUCAUUUAAGCUUUCAAUUUGUGUUUUGUAUUUUUAUUGUCGAUUUUUUUAGUUGUCAUGAAGUGUGAACAAGAGUUCAACUGGUAGUAACUUGAAGUGCUGCUUUUAAGCAACCUGUAUAGUUUCUCAUUGGAUUGUAAAUAGGUUUGUUUAGAUAUUUAAUAAAUUAAAAAUAUGAUGUCACAUACUUCUG